UCUCUCUUUCUCUGUCUAGUUUCUCUCACCAUGUUUGAUAUUGUAGGAGAGUUUCAAAUUGGAGACGACAUAAGCCCGUUGGAUCCCGAUUCAGUAGAUAGCGUAGUUGUGUAUGGAUUGUAUGGACAUCCACUUACUCAUCAAGCAACAGGUUACUCUCUUGUGUAUAAUCAGCUCUAUCCCUAUGAAGGCCUUCAGAACUACACUUCUGGGAUUAUACAUCAUGUUCGUCUCACAGGAUUAAGACCAAACACUCUAUAUCAGUAUCAAUGUGGAGAUCCUCUACAAGGAAUGAGCAAUUUAUAUUACUUCAAGACUAUGCCAGUUUCUGGUCCCAAGAGCUACCCCAGCAGAAUAGCAGUAGUUGGCGACUUGGGUCUUACAUACAAUACUACAUCAACAGUUGAACACUUGACAAGUAACCAUCCUGAUCUUAUUCUAUUGGUCGGUGAUGUCAGUUAUGCGAACUUGUAUCUCACAAAUGGAACUGGAGCUGAUUGCUACUCUUGCUCCUUUCCGCAAACUCCCAUUCACGAAACUUAUCAGCCUCGCUGGGAUUAUUGGGGAAGGUACAUGCAGCCUCUAAUUUCCAAUGUCCCAAUUAUGGUCAUAGAAGGAAACCAUGAGAUAGAACUACAGGCCGAAAAUCAAGCCUUUGUUGCAUACAGUUCUCGGUUUGCAUUCCCCUCGGAAGAGAGUGGAUCAUUGUCUACGUUAUACUAUUCUUUCAAUGCAGGAGGAGUACACUUUGUAAUGCUUGGCGCCUACGCACCCUAUGAUGAAACAUCUGAUCAGUACAAAUGGCUGGAGGCAGACAUGGCUAGCGUCGACCGAAAGGUGACACCAUGGCUUGUGGCUACAUUCCAUGCUCCUUGGUACAGCACCUAUAUAGCACAUUACAGAGAAGCAGAGUGUAUGAGAGUAGCUAUGGAAGACUUGCUUUAUAAGUGUGGUGUUGAUAUAGUCUUCAAUGGACAUGUUCACGCCUAUGAAAGGUUGAACCGAGUGUAUAAUUACACUCUGGAUCCAUGUGCUCCUGUUUAUAUCACUGUUGGUGAUGGUGGGAAUAGGGAGAAGAUGGCAAUCACACACGCUGACGAACCCGGGAACUGCCCCGAACCAUCUACAACCCCAGAUACAUAUAUGGGUGGGUUCUGCGCCUUCAAUUUUACAUCAGGUCCAGCAGCAGGGAAGUUCUGUUGGGAUGAGCAGCCUGAAUAUAGUGCAUACCGAGAAAGCAGCUUUGGUCAUGGGAUUUUAGAGGUGAAAAAUGAGACUCAUGCUUUGUGGACUUGGCACCGGAAUAGGGACUUGUACAGAGCUGCUGGAGAUCAGAUUUACAUUGUAAGACAGCCUGAGAAAUGCCAAGUUGAGUAGUAGUUGAAGAUGGCAAAGAUGAAGCAAGUUACAGGAGAAGAAAAAUAUCUUAAACCACAAUCAUGACCAAUUCCUAUACAAAUAUAUGUUCAACUUAAAGAUUGAAAGACCCAGUAGAGACUUCUUUGAGAGACUGUAAGAUAUUUCACUGGGUGUGCUCUGAGUUUUUACUGCAAUAAAAUCUGCAGUCCAUGUACCACAAUCAACUUAUAUUUUGUCUCUCUGAUUUUUAAUUGCUUUUUCUAAGUGACCAAA